CGGGGCGGGCUGGGGGGGUGUGGGGACUGCCGGGGGGGGGGAUAGGGGGAGCCAGGCGAUACGGCGACCUGCCUGUCCCCUGCAGGUGGGGACAGGCGGCUGGGGGCUGCGGGGACCCGGCGCUGAAGCCCGGGGAGGGGGCCGGUCCCCCUCAGCCGGCGGUGCUGUGCCCUUAGGCCAGCGGCGAUGGAGGAGGGCAUGAGCAGCAUGCAGCAGAAAGCGGCGGAGCUGGAGCACAUGGCCGAGGUCCUGCUCACCGGCGAGCAGCUGCGGCUCCGACUGCACGAGGAGAAGGUCAUUAAGGACCGGAGGCACCACCUCAAGACGUAUCCCAACUGCUUUGUUGCCAAAGAGCUGAUUGACUGGCUGAUUGACCAUAAGGAGGCCUCAGACCGAGAGACAGCAAUUAAACUUGUCCAGAAGUUAUUGGAUCACAGCAUUAUCCAUCAUGUUUGUGAUGAGCAUAAAGAAUUCAAGGAUGUCAAACUGUUCUACCGCUUCAGAAAAGACGAUGGGACGUUUCCGCUGGAUAACGAGGUGAAGGUGUUCAUGAGAGGACAAAGGCUCUAUGAAAAGUUGAUGAGUUCUGAAAAUACUCUUUUGCAAGCCAGGGAAGAGGAAGGAGUCAAGUAUGAGCGGACCUUUGUGGCAUCAGAGUUCAUUGACUGGCUCAUCCAGGAAGGAGAGGCCACGACGAGGACCGAAGCCGAGCAGCUUGGCCGCAGACUUUUGGAGCAUGGGAUUAUACAGCACGUGUCCAACAAGCACCAUUUUAUGGACAGCAACUUGCUCUACCAGUGCAGAAUGAAUUUCCGCCGGCGGCGGCGGUUAAUGGAGCUGCUCACUGAGAAGUCUCGCCUGAUGCCAGAAAGCCAUGACAGCCCCUUUUGCCUGCGCAAGCAGAACCAUGACAACAGAAAACACACCAGUUUUCUCUCAGUGAGUCCCACCAAGGAGAUUAAGAUCGUGUCGGCGGUGCGGAGGAGCAGCAUGAGCAGCUGUGGCAGCAGUGGGUACUUCAGCAGCAGCCCGACGCUCAGCAGCAGCCCCCCUGUGCUCUGCAACCCCAAAUCUGUACUAAAGAGACCAGUGACUGCUGAUGAGCUCUUGAUGCCUGGAGCCCCAUAUGUCAGAAAAACUUUUACGAUCGUUGGCGACGCGGUUGGCUGGGGCUUCGUGGUGCGGGGCAGCAAGCCCUGCCACAUCCAGGCUGUGGACCCCAGCGGGCCAGCGGCUGCAGCUGGCAUGAAGGUUUGCCAGUUCGUCGUUUCUGUGAAUGGCCUCAACGUUCUUCACGUGGAUUACAGGACAGUGAGCAAUCUCAUCCUGACCGGCCCGCGAACAAUUGUCAUGGAAGUGAUGGAAGAAAUAGAGUCCUGAGAAGAAAAGAUCUCUUACUGGACAUUUCUGUGAGAGAAACAGUGACAACCAAGAAGCAGCAUGACACGAGGAGACAAAACUUUCUGUGUCAAAAUAAAUGAUUUUGCUUUUAGGGGAGGGGGGUUCUCUUUCAUUUAACAAUAAUAGCACUGGUUAUUAUGCUGAGAAGUGAGCAAUAGAUACCAGCAUAUUUUCACUGAGGACUUCGCUUUGCUUGAUGAAGACGAGGUAAAGGCCCUUAGGUCGUCUCUCCAGCCACGGCUGCAUCCGUCAGAGCGGUUUCCCAUCUAAGCGGCCGUGCAGAUUUCCUCACAGUCCACCACUGGAUCAAAACACUUCAGGAGAUGAAAGAACCACACACACUGUGGGGUCAGGAUGUCACAGGCAGUUUGCAUGACUUAUUUACGUGGGUAAACAUCCUCCAGUCAGGGAAAGGUGACUAGAUGCUGGCUUUAUUGCAGUCAGACACAAAGGAACUGUGAAUGCAUCUCUGUGAAACAAAUAAGUUCAUUUUCGGUAGAGGAUACUGUGGUGUGGAUGUUCAGGCCUGAUAGAGCACAAUGAGUAUUCUAAAAGAAAAAUACAAGACCAUGCAAGUGCAAAAGCGUGUGCUACUUUUACAAAGUAAAACAAUCUGCCCUUUGAAAAUCAGGCGAUUUGUUUAAAUGCCUAAGCACAGAUGUAGGUACUGAAGUAUAAAGUGUUGAUCUCUUUUUUGUUUGUUUGUUUUCUUAUGUGUAAAGGAAAGGUGUCUCGGUCUCAUUGUUUGUCACUUUGGAGAAUUUCUGGACACCUUUAAUCCUAGAAGGAGAAUAAUAUUUAGUGGGUUGAGGUGGGAAAUUCGCAGUGUUAGCAUUAGCAAUGAUACAUCCAAGCGCUCCAGUAGAGGAAGUACACUUCAAAUUGAAGCAAUGUACUUGAAUGUGCAUUAAGCUCAUUAGCACUUUCAAAUCAUCAAAUGUUUUGCAAACUACAUACUUGCCACAUAAGUUGCAUUUGACACUAUUACUAAUAAAAAAUUGUAUUUAACU